CACCUUAGGAUUUGGUCAUUCGAACAAAAAUCUCUUGAGAAUUGGGGCAUGGUAGAUUAAAUUUUGGAAUUUCAAACCUGCUAGUAUACAAACAAAUAUCAGUCUCCAAAUUGGGGAAAGCAAGCAAACAAAGCAAAGCAAGGCGAGAGGGCGGAGGCAAAGGAAGAAGGCGAUGACAGUAGCAGCAGGAAUCGGCUACACCUUGAUAGCCUUGGGCCCUUCUCUUUCCCUUUUCAUCUCCGUCAUUGCCCACAAACCUUUCUUGAUUCUUACCCUUCUCUCCAGCACCCUGUUAUGGCUCAUUAGUUUGAUAUUGCUGUCUGCGUUAUGGAGGGGCUUUCUUCCACUGAACUCAACAAUAUUGUGGCCUUAUGCAAUUCUUAUAUUGACUUCGGUUAUUUUUCAAGAAGCUCUACGGGUUCUUUUCUGGAAAGUCUACAGGAGAUUAGAAGAUAUGUUAGAUGCUUUUGCCGACAGAGUUUCAAAGCCGCGUCUAUAUUUGACAGAUAAGAUGCAGAUUGCUCUAGCUGGGGGUUUAGGUCAUGGCAUAGCUCAUGCCGUGUUCUUCUGUCUUAGCCUUCUAACACCAUCAUUUGGUCCAGCGACUUACUUCGUUGAUAGGUGCUCCCAACUACCAUUUUUUCUUAUCUCUGCUAUCAUUGCUCUUGCAUUUGUUACCAUCCAUACUUUCUCUAUGGUCAUUGCAUUCAAUGGAUAUUCAGAGGGGAAGAAAGUGGACCAGUAUUUUGUUCCAGUCAUUCAUCUUGCUGCAGGAAUGGUGACGCUUGUAAACUUUGCAUCUGGAGGUUGUGUAAUUGGUAUACCUCUCCUAUAUAUCAUGGCAAUUCUGACCUUGAUUCACUGUGGGAAAAUGGUUUGGAGAAGAUUGAUGGAAAACCAAAGUCGACUGGGUAAUCGAUAGCAUCAUCAUUGAACUACUCUUCUGCAGUAACAUUGCUAACUCAGCAUCUUGAAGGUAUCUUCAAGCGAAGAACUAUUCUCAGUGGCAAAAACGAUGAACAAGACGAACACAACUUUGUAGCCUAUGGAAAUGCUAUUAUGUUUCUUCUGAAGAAGAAUCCAGCAUUAACAUGAUAACACAUUUCUUAAAGUAUUGAUUACGGUUUCUGUGUUAUACUUAUGGUUUCUUGAACUGUUGAUUCAGAAAUUUUGUGGUCUCAAGGCAAAAGGAGUUGGUGGCAUACUUCACUCAGCAGGUGAAUGAUGCUUUCACAAAUAAUCCUCAUCACAUUGGAUGCUAUCAGACCACCAAUCAAUGCCCAAAUUGAUAAAUGCUUGAAGCCACGGGUAAUAGAUUCAAACAUUGUUUUUUAGAUUUCUCUCUAUAUAUUUUUAAGUGACCUAACACCAUAGGAUUGGUCUAUAAAUAAAUAACGGGGAAAAUAAUAUGAUUAAGGUUGGCAUAUAUUUCCAAGGAAACAAAUCACAAACAGUGUAGGUUCAGUAUGGCUCAAUUGCUAUGAACUUGUAGUAUUAUCCUCGACUUGGUUCGAUUUUCUAAACAAUGUUACCAACAAUAUAGCUUUGCAA